AUGUAUUCCCCUCCCAUCCCUGCUCGGGAAAAAUAUCGUGCACCCAGUCAACCUAAACUGACAAAAUACGAGCGCCGUAACAGUGUAUCGUCUGUACGCUCCAGCGUAACCGGGGAUGUUCGUCAUGGUUCACCGACUGUCCCGUACAAGGUGUCUGCUCCUCUCGUUGGGAUGCGUGCCUCGUCUGAAUCAUUGGCUCUCGGAAGUAACCAGCCGGCCGGCCGACCGACCGACCGACCGACUGGUUGGUUGGUUGGUUGGUUUGUUGGUCCAGUCUGA